ACACACUUCUUCUGUCAAAUUUCGGUAUUGCCCGUUAAUCCUAGGCCCAUCCAUUGGCGGUCGCCUCACACGAUGGUUAAGUCAAACGACUGUUUUUUUCUUUUUUGAACCCAGUCUGGAGAACUUCUCUAAUAUAUGGUCACCGUGUUAUGCCGGAUCAAGCAGAGCACGAGUGCCAUCACCAACGAGACUUGCAGCUACUGAUACACAUAAAAUCAUAAAAUGCCUGUUGUUCAUGCUUCGGCAUCACUCCCCGCUCGUUCCAUGGGUCGACCCCAGGGCCUGCGGCCCCACGCAGCGAUGGCUAUCGGACGCGACCCGGUCCAGACUCAAACCCACCCACUGGCAUUGGUCGCAAUGUCAUUUCUGUGCUGUUGUCGCGUUUUCACCAAACUGUCGGCUCUGCGCUAAUGCGCCACCUUAUUAUUAUUGUUAUUUUCUUUUUCUCCUGCGAUCGCAUUGCAGAUUCAGUCGAAGCCAAGUUAGCCAAGUCAGCCAAAGCCAUACGUAUCGUGCCGGUGAAUUAAGCAGUUGAUUCUUGAGUACAUGAAAAGGGGCCUUUCUCACAGUGCUUAUCAUGAUUAUAGACAGUCAGUAUCAAAUAAACCAUCUCUGGUGGAAUGCCCAAUCUUUUGAACUCUU